GAUUAGUCUCGCUCGUAGGACUUUCCGUAUUAUUAUUAUCUCCUGUGUCUACACAGAGCUCUAACUCUCUUCUACGAAACAUGCCGCCGAAGGCUCGCGCUCCUCUGCCCCCCGGUGAUGCCGCUCGCGGCGAGAAGCUCUUCAAGGGCCGUGCGGCCCAGUGCCACACCGCCAGCCAGGGUGGUGCGAACGGCGUGGGGCCGAACCUGUGGGGCCUCGUCGGUCGCCACUCCGGUACGGUCGAGGGCUUCGCGUACAGCAAGGCCAACGCCGAGUCCGGCGUCGUCUGGACUCCGGAGGUGCUGGACGUGUACCUGGAGAACCCGAAGAAGUUCAUGCCGGGCACGAAGAUGUCGUUUGCCGGCAUGAAGAAGCCGCAGGAGCGCGCCGACGUCAUUGCGUACCUGGAGACCCUUAAAGGCUGAAGCACGCGAAGCAUCUUAUAAUAAAACGGAUGCCGCAAGAAGCGCCGUGGAGGUGAAAAGGAGGCCGCGAAAGCGACGGUGCAAGAACCUGUAGCACAAUGCACUCUCUCCCGCUCGCCGCCUUUCCCUUUAAAAGAAAAACCAAAAUUAAGACAAAAAGAAGAACUUGGCAAUGCGGUUUUUACUCCCGCCGUUCUUUGUUUGGCGAUUUCGCUUCACAAACAAUCUCUUUCGACGAUUUCUUUUUUUAACCCUUUUUAUUUUCCCUUUUGUUUGUCUUUCUCACACCUUAGUACUCUUAGCCCUCGUGGUUUUUUAAGUAUGAUUUCUCUUUGGCUUUUUUCUUUCUUUCUUUCCUUCUCUGUAUCACUGAAGUACGUUUCUGUCCUCCUCUCCCUCCUCCUCGUUGGUGUCUGUGUGUGUGUGGUGAGGGAGAUAAAAUGGUACUACGCCACCACACGCCCGACAAGUCGGAGGGACUCCUUGACGAUGAACGGCUCGCCGCAACACUGCGAAAGAAAAAGAUAUGUUUGUACCCCGCACUUCGUUAAACGCAGGCACAGCAAAGAACACCACACAAAAAGAGAAGUUGCAUUCGCAAUCAGACGUCAAGUGCUUGUGAAGAUGAUAGCUGAGAAGACAACGAGGUGGAGCGCAAUCCAGGAUUCUCCCUUGAUAAGGAGAAUUGGUGUUUCGCGCGCGCUCUCCUCGAGCUUGUGUGUGCCAUCUCCGUCUAUAUUAUUGUUUUGCGGUUCGUUUGCUUUGUUUCGCGUGGGUAGCGAAGGCAGUUGUGUGCGUGGGCGUGGGCGUGGGCGUGUGUGUGUGUGUUCGCAAAAUCACACUACCCCGGUUCAUUGAGCUGUAGCUCUCUCUCUCUCUGUCUCAUUUUGAAUUUGUUUACGUACGUGGACGGGGAAAAGAAAAAGGCCCAAAAAAGGACAACAUAAAAGGUUUGUGUGUGUGUGAGUGUGCUUCACCUCCCUUCACUGUCCGUUUAGUGUUUGUGGUGUUUCUUGAUUUUUUCUUCUUCUUCCUGAGAGAGAGAGGAUGGAAUCCACGUGGUCAGCAUACUUAUAUACUAAAAACAUGUGUGUGUCAGUGAACAGAACAGAAACGAAAAUCAACGGAAGGAGGUCGUUUAGUUAGCUCAUUAGCACGUUAAGAAC